AUGCUUGCUGAGGCGCUGCGGGAGUCGAGCGGCUCGGACACGGGCUCUGAGGGGUCUGGACGGCCAUUGAAACGGCGCGGCGGGCGUCGAAGCCGCAGCGACGAGCGGGAGUCGGGCAACGACAAGCGAGCGAAAAUCGAGACCGCAAACGACUCGGUGAUCGAGGUUUCUGACGGAAGCUCGGUGUCGCCGCAGCCACCACAAACCGAACCUGUCGGCACAGAGGUGAUUAGUGUGGACAGCGAAGAGGACGAGUACAGCGAGUUUGACGAGGAUUUCGAGGACGUCGAUCUAAGCGGUCCGGCCCCAGAUCUCAACCGUGCAGACUUGUCCGAGGAAAUCACAGUUUCCGUCUCGCGACCGACGAAACAGACGCGCAAACAGAACCUCGUGUCGGCCGACGAGCGCAUGUUCCGCAAAACGCUGCACAUGCUGUAUUUGUUUGCGAUGGUGGCCCACGGCGUGGUGCGCAACACCUGGUGCAGCUCGCCCGAGGUUUUGCGCGUGCUGCGCGGCCAGGUGCCGGGCAAGCUGCUUGCAGAGGUAGACGAGUUCCACGAGCAGCAGCAGCGUGCCGACGUGACCAGCGCGGCCAAGUCGCGCCGUCUGCUGGACUUGCUGCGCCACCUGAUGCAGUACUGGUACCGGAGCUGGACACUCGAGGCGCGCCACCGGGGACUGUACAAGAAGACGUGGGAGGAGAUUGCGAAACUGUGGGAGCAGCCGGCUGUUCAGGGCGAGAACGUGACGAAGACACGGUUCAUCAGGCGGAUGGAGCAGCGGCGCGGCUCGCGCGACCUCGCGGCGCAGGGCUUUGUGGCGCUGCUGCGUGCGCUCGACAUCAAUUGCCGGCUCGUAUUCUCGCUCCAGCCACCAGACUUUACCAACCUGGCCGUCCUGGCAUCGUCUACGCCGUCCAAUGGGCCCUCCAAAGAAACCAGCCCAGCUCCCAAAUCUUCGCCGCGCCGGCGCAAGACCGCGUCGCAGCACGAGCGGCUGCUUUCUGCUCUGCGCGUCAACAGGCCCGUUUACACCAAUUUCCGGCCAGAAACACAGGACGACGUACAGUACCCUGUUUUCUGGUGCGAGGUCUGGGACAGCGCCAGCAAGCGGUUCACCAGCAUCGACCCUAUCGUCCAGCGAUACAUCGAGAACGUCGGCACGCGGUCCAAGUUCGAGUGGCCCAACAACACCACGUACGUGCUGGCGUACGACCGGCUGGGCGGCGUUCGCGACGUCACGCGGCGCUACAGCGUGCAUUUCAACGCCAAGACGCGUAAGAAGCGUAUUACGAGAGACCCGCGUGGCCAGGAUUGGUAUGACAAGCUAUUGCGUGGCGCAAACUCACGGCGCCGGCUCGCGAGCAACAAAAUCGACCAGUACGAGCAGGUCGAGUUUGAAGAGCGCUCGCUCAAGGAGGGUAUGCCCAACUCGAUUCAGGAUUUUGUGAACCACCCGGUGUACGUGCUAGAGGAGCAGCUGAAGGCGAACGAGGUGCUGAAGCCCAAGAUCAGCUGCGGAACAAUCCGCAAGAAGACGAAGGCCGGAAAGGCGGGCGAGCUGGUGCCGGUUUACCGUCGCUCGAACGUGGUUACCGUGCGGUCUGCAAAGGCGUGGUUUCUACGGGGCAGGGUGCUCAAGAUCGGGGAGCAGCCGCUCAAGGUGCGAGAGCAGCGCAAACAGCGGCCAGAUGAUGAUGACGACGACGUGAGACUGUAUGGAGAGCAUCAGACGGAGAAGUACGUUCCGCCACCCAUCGUGGACGGCAAGAUCCCGCGCAACUCGUAUGGCAACAUCGACGUAUACCAGCCAUGGAUGCUGCCCGAGGGAACGGUGCACAUUCCGGAGAAACAGGCCGAGAAGGCCGCAAAACUGCUCGAAAUCGAAUAUGCGCCUGCGGCGGUGGGUUUUGACUUUGGUAGUGGUAGCAGGGGCCGCGGAGCAAGCGUCAGCGUGCGAAUUGCUGGCAUUGUUGUUCUGGCGGAGCAUAAAGAGGCCGUCGAGGCAGUGUGCGAGUAUCUGAGGGAGGAGGAAGAGGAGACGGCUCGCAAACGUCGCGAAGCUGCGGCACUGCGUGUGUGGGCCGUGGUGCUAGCCAAGCUGCGGAUUUCGAAGCGAUUAGAUAGGGAGCAUGGAUUGGUGGAAGAUUCAGGAGAGGACUCAGGCGAGGACUCAGGCGAAGACUCAGACGAGAACGUUCCAUCUGUAAGUCAGCACGAGCCGGUGUCACAGGACGAUCAAGACACAGCAGGCGGGUUUGUCCCGGAGGAACCUAUUUCCCAGGAAGUCGAUUCUGGUGGAUUUCUGCCCCAGGAUACUGUAGCACCGCCUGUUUUGCAAGACCCGUCUACGAGCGAUUUAGGAGCCGAGAGCGACGGCGAUGCCGCCGCUUAUUCCGACUCCGAAGGCUACGAAUUCGAAUAUAGUGACUAA